AUCAACGAAGAACGAGAUAUUCGUAUUCGAGCGAUCAGACUUUGCCAACAAGCGGUGGAAAGUGAAGCGGUCCCGAUUGGUGCAUCAGCUACCGAACACGACAACUCACGUGUGUAGUGUGACAAAGAGUGCGCGUGUGCGACUUGGACUUCGGGACUGUUAGCCAGAGAAACGGGCAUAUCUAGCCCGUCGCUUCAUGGGUGAAUGUUAGGUUGCUCUGCAUCCGUGGCAAGGUCGAGCCUACUCGACGAUGUUUCUAUUUUGAAUCGUUACGAAUGUGACGCCAGUUGCAACGGCAGUCAACCGACUGACAGCGCCGAGGUACAACACGUGCAGUCGGCAUUGUCACAGCUAUCCAUGGAAGCGAUGCAGCAACAACAGGACUCGGAAACCAUCGGCGACGAGUAUGGAGUUCCGUGUCAAGACUUCGAUCUUGACAUGGACGAAGCUAUCAAGCACGAAAUUGAAUUACCUUUCGCCAAAUAUGGAACACUGAACUGCGGUGUGUCGGAAGACGGAAGUGGAAACGGCGGGGGAAUGGGGCUAGCAUCGACUGUCGAUCCUACCAACGUAACGGGACUGAACGGUGGCUGUGCUAUAGGCAAUCUGGCUACCUUUAGGAGGUCGGUCGUUUUGAGUGCCAGCACGCCCGCCACACCUUCAGACAAUCACAAUCUACCGCCUUCUCCUCCGUUCGCUGCCGUUCCCUCCACAAAUAUAGCCAGUCCGAUAAUGGCACCCGCGGCGAUGGAUGCAAAAACAUCGAACAUGCUGGACGAUAGUAUGAUGUGGCUAACGCAUACACUGCGUUACGCACCGGAACCAUUAGACUUAAGGCCGCAGGGAGAAGUAAUCAACGAAUGGAUGUUUAGAAAAGAUUACACCGACAUGACUGUUGUUACCCAGAGUCAAACUCAAGUUGUACAACGUCCGAUCGCUACCGUUAAUCCUCACCAACAGCAACAACAACCGCAGCAGCAGCAGCAGCAGCAACAACAACAGCAACCGCAACAACAGCAACAGCAACAACCACACCAACAGAAACAACAGCCGCAACAUCAGAGUAACAAUUACAACUCCAGUCGCAUAUUGGAAAACGGUGAAACAUGUAUAAGCAACGAGCAAUUAAUUAACUUGACCGUGCGAGAACUGAACAAAAAACUUCACGGAUAUCCAAGAGAAGAAGUGGUGAAAUUGAAACAGAGACGUAGAACCUUGAAGAAUCGUGGUUAUGCACAGAACUGCCGAACUAAAAGACUAGCCCAAAGACACGAACUGGAAACAAGAAAUCGUUCACUCCAGGUUGAAGUAGCCAGAUUGAGACAAGAGUUAGAAAGAGCGUGUCAGGAAAGGGAUUAUUAUAAACAACAGUUUGCUGUUCUCAGAGGUCGCGAUUGUUGUCAAGGUUCACUUUCAAGUGUUUCAAGCCCUAGUUCACCAGAAUUCUAUGGGAUGUAAAGUCUAUGGGAACCAAAAAAACAAACAAAAAAAAAAACAAAAAACUCCCGUCCUAUCCCGAUCGACGGGACAAGAACUCGGAACAAGCUCUGAUUGUGUAGUCGAUGUAGGUAUGUUAGGUCAGAAGUUUUUAGCCUCUAGUGAGUGUGUAUGAAUGUGUGACCGUCUAAUUCAAGUCUGUGAUUGAAAAAAACUAUAUAGUUAGCAACUCAAUUAUAAAAAAAGUAAUUACUUUAAAAAGUUUCGAUUCCGUGAAACUAACGGAAAAAAAAAUGCGCUAAUUCUAUGAAGUUGAAGAAUGUGUUCAUUUGUAUAUAAUCGUGUCUUAAAGCGCAUUCUGUUUUGAAGUUUUAUUGUAAAAAUCUCAUUUAAAAUGAGAUUUUUUUUAAAACAAACCAGAACAAAACUUCAAAACUAUUGACUCAGCAAUAAGAGAAAUACAGCUUUAAUUAAUUUAAAAAAUAAUAAUAAUAUAGCGUGUGGUUAAUUUAGUCAAAGAUGGGUCACAACACAGAUAGGCCAAAUUCCUUAUUUUAUCUUUUUUCUUUAUACUCGUUAACACCUAUCAUUAAUCUUAAAAAUGGGUGUAUUUUGGUUAUAUAUAUAUAUAUAUGUAAGCUUAAAAAAAUCAAAUUAUUUCCCUUAGAUAUAUGAUUAUAAUAAAAGUAAAUAGUCAUUAAUAGUUACUUAAUUGUCCUGUAUUUUGGCAUAUUUUCGAAACAUCUGUGAUAUGAGCUACCAUUUUAUGAGCUUCGUUUUAUGAUGGCUCCAUCGCUACUAUUAGUAAUAAUAGAACCAUAAUUUUUGUAGAAAAAGAAAGUGACAAUAGACCCACCGUUAAUAUGUUUGAUAAGCCCACCGUAUAACAGCUUACGAGACCAAAAAGAAAAAAAAAACCACAUAAAUUUCUUCAAAUUAACCAAAA